GCCGUCGUAGAACCAUCCUAUGCAGCACUAGCCUUAAUCGGCAGUCGAUACGAAACUCGAUGAGAUCCAUUGGCUUCUAUCUCGUGACAAAAGAUGCAGUGCCUAUAUGUGACAGCAGUGUUUGAUAUGUCCAAAACGCGCUCUUGUAUGUCAGCUGCGGAGGCUCGACAACGUCCAGCCAAGGCCCGCAGCGUCUACAUCGCCGGCAUCCUGCUUCAGGGACUUCCACUUGCUCACGCACAUGCGGCGCAUGAUCACUUUGACCAAGGCCCUGAGAAUUUCUUAAAAUGCGUCAAAGCUUCGUUGUCUCGGAGUGUUUCAGCAAGGUGGACUUCUGACGAAAAGCUAUUAUAUGAAGAGCUCCUUGGACACCUCUGCAACGUUGGAUAUCAUUUCACAAACUCCAUAUGUUCAGCUACGCGAUCGGGCCCUCUCGAGACUGUUCGAUCUGCGGCGGCGCACUAACCUGGCUUCGCUACAGGCGGGGUGUGAACCCCAGAAGCUUCAUCAUAUCGACGCCCUGACGACGCUCAAAAUACCCGGGAUCAGAUGAAUCAGGCGGUACGCGACAAGCUCCGUUGUUCCGCUCGCUAGCAGAGUCAGAACAGUUGGGCGUGGUUCUGAGUCCCGCAAGAAGUGCGCCGAUGAUGCGACUGGUAUGACACUAAAGUCUCAUGUCUGGCCACCUCCACGUAUUAUGUCUUUGCCAACUCUAGAACUCGGCAACGUCUCAAUCAUCUCAUAAUGGGGCCCUUUCAAU